GACGACAAGCGAGACAAAGGCAUGUCUUUCACGCAGAUGGUUAUAGAGGAGAACUCGACCCGGAACGGAAGGGGACUGUCCGAUCAGUGGGCCGAUUCAAUGGUGGUUCGGCCCAGGACCACCGAAAGGCACAUCACAGUGCACAAAAGACUCGUGCUAGGCUUUGCCAUUUCCAUCUUGGGUCUCAUCAUAGUCACAAUCAUAGCGGUGCUGCUCAGCGUAAAAUUUGAGAAAUGUGGCGUCGGAAGUAUCAACAGGAUAGUGAACACUACAAUGUACAGCGGAGGCAAGCUCAACCAGAGCAGGGAGGGCCGAGGUAAAGCUACAGAUCUACCCUGGGCACAGGUGAGGUUACCCUCUUCUCUAAGACCCUCUCAUUACGAUCUGAACUUAACUGUUUCCAUGGACAACUUGACCUUCUCCGGAGCAGUCCUCAUUCACAUUGACUGCGUGAACUCCACCAAACACAUUGUACUGCAUGCGGACAAACUGUCGGUUAAAGGGGCAGAGGUGACUCUUGCAAACAGCUCGGUCCCUCUAGACAUCAGAAAGUAUUUCAUGUACCCGAAGACUCAAGUUUUAGUGAUUAGUCUGACCCAGCCCCUCAAGGCACGCGAACACUACACCGUAAAAAUAAACUACGACGACAAUAUAGAGGAACUGAUUGGCUUCUUUCGGAGCCCGUUUGUGACAUCUGGGGAGAUGAGAUAUCUUGUGGUGACUCAGUUUUCUCCCAUCUAUGCCCGUAAGGCAUUCCCUUGUUUUGAUGAACCAGCUUACAAAGCAACAUUUAGAAUUACCAUCAAGCACCAGGACGCCUACCUUGCACUGUCUAACAUGCCAGUUGAUGCCAUCAUACCUGAGGGAGACGGCUGGGUCACUGAGCAAUUCGCAGUAACACCUCGAAUGUCAACGUACUACCUGGGAUGGGCAAUCUGCAACUGCACCUUUAAGGAGAUAGUUACUGAUCAUGGUAUCCCAGUGAGACUAUAUGCCAGGCCUGAUGCUAUUGAACAAGGAUCUGGUGAUUACGCUUUAAAUAUUACAAAGAAGAUGCUGAAAUUUUAUGAACAAUAUUUUAAUAUCAACUAUUCAUUACCAAAAUUAGAUCUGUUAGCAGUGCCUAAAUUUCCAUAUUCUGCUAUGGAAAACUGGGGAUUGAAUAUUUUUGUAGAAGAAAUGAUUUUGCUGGAUCCAGAAGUCUCAUCCAUUUCUGCUUUAUGGGAUAUCACUAUGGUUGUCGUACAUGAAAUCUGUCACCAGUGGUUUGGUAAUCUCGUGACACCUAUUUGGUGGGAAGAUGUAUGGUUAAAGGAGGGAUUUGCUCGCUAUUUUGAACAUGUUGGCACUGAUUACCUGAACCCAGAAUUUAAUAUGGCCAACCAACGAUUCCUGACUGUUGACCUUCAUGACGUGCUUUUCCUUGAUGGUCAGACUACUUCACAUCCAAUAUCCCAGGAAAUUAUUCAAGCCACAGACAUAUUCAAAGUUUUUGACUGGAUUGCAUACAAGAAGGGUGCUGCCUUGAUUCGAAUGCUGGUUAAUUUCAUGGGAGAGAAUGCAUUUCAAAAGGGAUUACAGGAAUUUUUGAAGGUUCACAUGUAUGGCAAUGCAGGGAGAGAUGACUUAUGGAACACACUUAAAGAGACCAUGCAGAAUAUGGGGGAAAACAUAAACAUUAAAGAAAUCAUGGACUCUUGGACAUUACAGAUGGGUUAUCCUGUGGUUACCAUCAUCAGGGAUGAGAAGAGUGUUGAUCUUUUAACAGUAAAACAAGAUCUCUUCAUCUAUAACAUUGAAAGAAAAUCAAUGCAUCUAAAUUCAAAAAAUAGCAGUUAUGUUUGGAAAAUUCCCCUGACGGUUGGUGUGGGAAACUUAACCCAUAACUCAACAGAGGCAAUGAUAUGGAUUCAUAAUGAGACAGAGCAACAUCGAAUCAGUAUGUUGGGUGAAAGUAGUUGGUUAUUAGGAAACCUUAAUCAGACUGGCUACUUUAGGGUUAACUAUGAUUUGAGGAACUGGCAGCUGUUAAUCGAACAGCUCAUGACCAAACCUGAGGUGAUCUCAGUUGGAAACCGGGCAGGUCUGAUUAAUGAUGCCUUCAACCUAGCCAGAGCCGGCUAUUUACCACAGAGCAUUCCUCUGGAGAUUAUAAAGUACCUUUCUAACGAGAAAGAGUUUCUUCCAUGGGAAGCUGCAAGUGAUGCUUUGAUUUAUCUGGACCGGUUGGUGGAUCUGAACAAGGAUUACAAUAUUUUUAGGCAAUACAUUGUGCAGCAAGUAGCCCCAAUGUACAACCUCCUGGGAUGGCCAGAAGAUGCAGCAAACAAUUCUGAUUUUGACACAUCAUAUCAGACUGAGGCUCUGCGUCAAAAAGUUCUUGUUUUGGCUUGUACAUUUGGAAUUGACCACUGCCACAAGAAGGCCAUAUUGCUUCUCUCGGAAUGGAUGAAAACUGAUGAAAACAGGAUACCACAAAGUGUGAGAGAAAUUGUCUACUGCACUGGGAUCUCAUUGAUGGAUGACAAUAUGUGGGAAUUUAUUUGGAGCAAAUAUGAAUCCUCCAGUGCAAUUCUGGAGCAGAAACUUCUGCUGAAGUCUUUGGCAUGCAGCAAGAACUCUGAACUGCUGAGCAGGCUUCUUAACUUAACACUAAGUUCUCAACUUACUUCUCAUAAGAGUGUUUCAGAAGUUAUCAUUCAGGUCUCUACAUAUCCAGCUGGUCGAGAUUUGGCCUGGAAAUAUUUUCAGGAGAACUGGUCCAAUUUAUAUUCAAGAUUUGGAGAAGCUCUUUUUAUUUCCAACUUGAUCAUCAGAAGUCUGACAAAGUUUUGGAAAACAGAAAUUAAACUUAAUGAGCUUUACACGUUUGUAAAGAACCUGAGGAAGGAAGAAUACGUCUCAUUUACAGAAGCCAUUGCAAUAGUGGAAGCAAAUGUUCGGUGGCAUGAACAGUUAGAAGAUGAGUUGUUCCAGUGGCUCAGGAAAUCCCUGAAGAGCUAAUUUGUAACACUUCUAAUAAUUUACUGCAUGAAUUACUUUGAUGCAUUUGUACUAUGUAAAAUUCCUCUACUUUUUUUGAGAAGGGGGGCAUAAAGGAUGUGUUACAGAUUUUUCACUGGUUAAUUUUUUUCUGCAGAUACAACUUUUCUGGAGGUGGGAGGGGGUAAAGCAAAGUCUGCAUAAAAACAUUAGUCACAACUUAAUUGGACAGAGAAUGUUUUUGCAGCUAGCGCAUGUUGUUAACAGUCAGUAGAGAAAGAUAUGAACUGACAUGUAAUUGAUGCAUGAUUAUCUUGUCCAUUCUGUAUUCCAGCAUGCUGUGUUUCAAGCUUUCAAUUUUGUGUUCGUGCAAUGUUCUUGGACUGAAAAAUGGCAGCCCUUAUGCAAAUACAUCAAAGCACAAUGUUAAGGACAAUUAGUACUGACAAUGUGAUCAAUAACGUAUCCUACAGAAACAAUAUCCUUAAUACCCUAAUAACACUGGACAAAAAUAUUUUUUUUGAAAGUGUUGCUUCCCCAGAAUUUGUUUUAUUAUGAUAGACCACUUGAAGCUGAACACAAAUAUAAUUUCAGCCUACUUGUAAUUUGAAGAAACAAGAAAUUAACUUCUGUUGAAUAUGAUGUGUUUAAUUGCAUAACAGUACUGAUGCUUUGCAAUAGUUCCACUAAGUUGAAAAUGUUUUGUUAAUGAUUUUUGUUUGUACUCCGUGUAUGAGGCUUUUCAUUUAAACAUCCAACAAUAAUCAGCCAGCAUUGAUGGAUUCCAGUUGCCCUGAUACCAUUUCUCCAUGACCGCAAUGUCCUGGUGAAACCUUUCACCAUGCUCAUCAUUGACAGUGCCAAGAUUUGCAGGGAAGAAAUCUAAAUGGGAACGCAGAAAAUAAAUCUUUAGUGACAUGCUGCACUUCAUGGUUUUGUAUGCUUGAAGCAUGUUGUCAGCCAGCUGCAUGUAGUUUGGUGCUCUGUAGUUGCAAUAGAUUUUAAUGAACAUCCUUGGAUGUCUUCCAUGCGAUUUUCUCCGGUCCCGUUAGAAGUUCUUUGAAUUGCCUGUCAUUGAUGACCUGUUUGAUUUGUAGAUGAACAAAAAUGCCUUCCUUAAUCUUAGCAUCAGUUAUUUUGACUUGAAUUAUGAAUUGAAGCAACAAACCAAGGUGAUUUCAAAAAAUGGUGCAUGAUAGGGAAAUUUCAUGGUGAUUUUCAUGAUCAGCAGCCCAAACUCCAUAAGAUACACCCAAAAGUUAUUCAGGAAGCAAAAUCUUUGUUGUCCAGUAUAAUUGGAUGUAAAACACAGUAUUUAAACACAAAAUGUGUAGAAUUUGAGAAUCAUUGUGCAGGAUACAGGGAAAAAUAAAAAUAAAACUUUAAUUUUGUUAAAUU